AUGGUGCCAACAACAACAGCCGUAGAAGAGCGCACGUUUGUCUUUACAGAUCCCUCAUUGGCUCUCAACCAUAAAUCCCUUCACGAUAUUUGGAACCCACGGGCGAUUCCUCCGCGCUCUCUGACCGCGAAAUACAUUUUCGAAGAGAGGGGCAAAGGUUGUCAAGAGAGUGAAGGAAAGAGGAGGCUCGGCCUUCAGUCUCUGCACGCUCCCCUCUUCAUCUCUACUUCGCAUCAUCACAUGAAGUUCGGAAAAACUUUAGCAAAGCGGCAAUUAGACAUCCCCGAGUAUGCGGCCAGCUUUGUCAACUAUAAAGCUCUCAAAAAGCUUAUCAAAUCACUGGGCGCUGGAGUAAAGGCACCAGCUCCUCCAGUACCUUUCCAAAGCCCGGGAGGUCGUUCCUUCAGUAACCCACAGGCUACCUUGCAAGCAAAUAAAGCCACCUUCUUUUUUAAACUGGAAAGAGAGUUGGAGAAGGUUAAUACGUAUUAUUUGCAUAAAGAGGCUGAACUGAAACUGCGGUUGAAAACAUUGAUAGACAAGAAGAGACUUAUACAAUCCAGGAGCGAGACUACCUCUAAAAUUUCAGCAACAUACAUUACUUUGCAGGAGGGAUUCCGACAAUUUCAACAUGACCUAAGCAAGUUACAGCAGUUUGUUGAAGUCAACGCUACCGCAUUUUCGAAGAUUUUAAAAAAGUGGGAUAAAUCGUCGAAGUCACGGACAAAGGAGCUUUAUCUUUCUAGAGCGGUAGAAGUUCAACCAUGUUUCAACCGAGAUGUUAUAACAGAGCUCUCGGACCAGGCAACAACCAGCCUUCUCGAGCUCGAGGCUUGGGCAGAGGGGGAGAAUAUCUCUUUUGACAGAAAAGGGGGCGAAGGUGCUCUCACCGGGCGUUUGCUUGGCACAGACGAGAGCGAUGCCGAUGCCGAAUUUCUGAGAGCUAUCUUUUCCGAGAAUACCACCGUUUUGAAGGAAUGGAUAGCCCGAUUGGAGGGAUCUGGAAACGCGCGUGAGAAGGUCACUAGAGCCUUUCUUGCCGCUAUUCCCGAAGGUUCCGAGGAGUCACUUGGAGUACUUAUGGAAACCAACCUAAUUGAUUAUCAUUCAGAGGAUGAGAUCAAUGAGAGAAAUUGUCUUCACGAAGCUGCAAACGCUGGUAGAAUGUCAAUUCUCAAGGUUGGAUUACAGCAAGGGGUGGAUGUUGCUCGAGCUGAUGUUUAUGGUCGAAUACCAUUACACUAUUCCUGCAUUCAUGGACACGUUGAAAUGGUAGAGAUAUUAGUUGAUGUCAAGCCGUCGACGAUCGAUGCCAUGGACCACGAUAAUUUCACGCCGUUGAUACACGCUAUAACACAGAACAAACAGCAGUGUGUCUCCAAACUGAUUGCCUGCAAUGCACGGAUAGAUCCUAGGCAUGAGCAGGACUAUAUUCCGCUCAACUUGGCCUGCCAGUAUGGCCUUUGCGAGAUUUCGGAAAUUCUCCUCAAACAUAAUGCUCGUAUCUUACCAGACGCAGAAGGCCUUUAUCCCCAGCACUUAGUCGCAAGAUCUGGCGAGUCAGUACGGCUUCUAAUGUUACUAAAGCAGUAUGGAGCAAACCUAAAUGAGGUGGACAAGUUAUUUCAAUGGACGGCUGUGUUCCAUGCUGCAAGCGAAGGGCAUGUAGAAUGCCUGAAGGCUCUUCUAGAGAGCGGUGCUAGGAGUGACAUUUUAGACGAGAAAGAGCUUUCUGCCAUGUAUUAUGCAGCUUGGGAGGGUCAUCUCGAGUGUAUGCAACUUCUUUCGGCGGCAGGUGGAGGACUUGGUAUCGUCGGAACCUUUCCUCAUAAACCAUCACCUGCUUCAAUCGCCUCAACGCAGUCUGGAACACAUAUGACUAUUGACUCCGAUGGAAUUCCCGAUCUCUCUCUCCCUCCCCCCAUCCUUCCUCUGCGUCGAUAUGGGCACAAUUUCCUUGAAAAUAAGACCUUCGUUCAGCUCACUUUCCACGAGGCGGGUACUGAGCCAAUACUCUUUUACCAGGACGACAAAUAUCCCGCAGCUAGGCUCACUAUAUCAUCGAAGUCAUCGGAUCUCAUUCCCCGAAAUCUCCUCCUUCCUCUCAGCGAGGAUCUCAAAACAAUAUCCUUUCAAAUUGAUACAUUGGAUCAAUUUACCAUAGAUUUCGACAUAUACCCAACCUUUGGGUCUAAGGUGAUUGCGCGGACGAUUGCUUUACCGAAUACCUUUAGCUCAAGUAGCUCUGGUCAUUGUGUUUUACCCCUUUUUGACCCUCGCCUUCGGGCUAUGGGGCGAAUAUCUUUCGAUUUCCAGAUAAUCAAACCUUUCCAAGGUGUUCCACUGGAGAUAACCCAUUUUGCAACUUAUUGGAAAGCUACAAGUCAAUUUGAGUCUCACCCGAAUGCACUUAUUACUGGGUCAUCUCUAUCCGGAGAGUAUGUCCGUCUUUACAUCCAGCUCACCAGAGAUUGUAUUCCUGUAUUAUACCCUAGGUGGACGAUAUCCUUCGGUGAGCUUGAGGUCCCUGUUUCUCAGGUUAGCUUCGCUCAAUUUCAAAAGGUUGGUGCUCAAUCUGGUGUGGGCAUCAAGCAAAAGCUAUUGGCAGUCAACAAUCUUUCGGAAGUUUAUCUCAUACUGGCAUACUCGUUUACUGGCCUCAACGAAGUUCUGUCAAUUCUGCCCAGUGAGGUGCACCUUGACCUUAACAUUAUCUAUCCGACCUUUGCCGAAGAACAAGAGUAUGGAUUGACGGCCACGCCGAAUGUUAACACCUGCGUCGACGCUAUAUUAAAUACCGUAUUUGAUCAUGCCAGAGCAUUAAAGCUAACAUCACAUGAUUUAACAAGAUCUAUUGUCUUUUCUUCAUCAAAUUCUAAUGUUUGCACCGCGCUCAAUUGGAAGCAACCAAAUUACCCUGUGUUUUAUUGUAAUGACCUUGGGAAAGAGCCAGGUGACGAUUUGAACGAAGUAGCCUCAAGCGCUAGGAGUUGUACGUCUAUCAAGGAGGCUGUUAGAUUUGCGUCAAACAACAACUUAAUGGGACUCAUAUGUUCUUCUCGACUCUUAGAUAUUGUGCCAGCCCUUGCACAAAGUGUAAAGGUCGCGGGCUUGGUUUUGGUUGCUCACACCGCAAAUGAUCCAUCCCCAGCUAUUCUCGCAUCUGUCGAUGGUGUUCUAAGGAAAGAAGGGGUUUUGAAGUUUGAGGAGACAAUUGAUAUGUGA